ACAUAACUCCACUGGAGCCAGUUUUUUUUCUUUUUCCCUCGACAUCUGCCUUCCUGUCUUAGCCCACUCUGCACAGAACUAGUUGCAAGAACAAGCUCAAUUUUCAUCUUAGCUGGGCCAUUCUUACUAUUUUCUUCACCAUGAUUUUCCAAGCUCUUUUUGAUUGCAUGGACUUUACCGGCUGGCUUCUCUUAGGGUUUGUAUUCCUGCUGAUAUUUGAUGUUGUGAAAAACGGGAGGCCUUCUAACUUUCCACCCGGACCCUGGGCUGCACCUUUUGUAGGAAACAUUUUCACGCCGUUGGACUUCAAAACAAUGGAUAAGGUUUCAAAGGAGUACGGUCCUGUGUUCAGCGUGAGAAAAGGCAGUGAGAGGCUGGUGUUUGUCUCUGGACUCAAGAUGGUCAAAGAGGCUCUUAUCAACCAGCUGGACAGCUUCGUUGAUCGGCCCAUUGUUCCCCUUUUUCACGUUACCUUCAAGGGCCUUGGUAUAGCUCUGAGUAAUGGGUACUUGUGGAAGAAACAGAGGAAGUUCGCCAACUCUCACCUUCGCUACUUUGGAGAGGGACAGAAAACUUUAGAAAAGUACAUAGAAGUGGAGUCCAACUUUCUUUGCGAAGCCUUCAAUGAUGAGCAAGGAAGGCCAUUUAACCCCCACUACAUCUUAACAAACGCUGUGAGUAACAUAAUCUCAUCUGUGGUCUUUGGACAUCGAUUUGAGUACUCAGACCCAAGCUAUCGGGAAGUCCUGGAGCUGGACAACGAAGCCGUUAUUCUUGCUGGUUCCCUUCGGACUCAGCUGUUUGACGCCUUCCCUGGACUGAUGAAGCACCUGCCGGGGCCUCACCAGACUGUGCAUGCCAACUACAGGAAGAUCCUGGUCUUUUUGGAAAAAGAGAUAGAGAAGCACAAGGAGGAGUGGAAUCCAGACGAUCCUCGGGAUUAUAUCGACGUCUACUUGUCAGAGAUGGAGAAGAAAAAAGAGGAUCCCCAGGCUGGCUUCAACACUGAAACGCUGCUGGUUAGCACUCUUGACCUCAUUGAGGCUGGAACAGAAACCACUGCCACCACAAUGCGCUGGGCCCUUGUGUUCAUGUUGCACUACCCAGAGAUACAGGAGAAGGUCCAAGCAGAGAUAGACAGAGUGAUCGGGCAGUCUCGUCAGCCCACCAUGGCCGACAGGCCGAACUUGCCCUACACCGACGCCGUCGUCCACGAGGUUCAGAGGAUGGGAAAUAUCGUUCCCAUGGGAUUUCCUAAAAUGGCGAGUAAAGACACAACACUGGGAGGAUACUUCAUUCCUAAGGGAACAUAUAUGACGACAAUGCUGGCAUCUGUGCUGUUUGAUAAGAAUGAGUGGGCGACUCCAGAUGUCUUCAAUCCCGAGCAUUUCUUGGAUUCAGAGGGCAAGUUUGUCAAGAGAGAUGCUUUCUUGCCGUUUUCAGCAGGUAAACGUAUGUGUUUGGGGGAACCCCUGGCCAAAAUGGAGCUCUUCGUCUUCUUCUCAGUUUUGCUGCAACGCUUCACCUUUGCCCCGGUUCCAGGAGAAAUGCCCAACCUGGAGGGCGUGAUGGGCUUCACUCAUUCCCCUGAGGAGUACAGAUUCCUGGCUGUGCCGCGCUAACAUGUGUUUCACGUACUUCUCAUUGGGACAACAAUGAUUAAAAAUGUUUUUAUUGGUCUGAUGAUGUCUUCAAUCAUAAAUGUCAGGUUUUUUAUUGGUUGUACGCAGGAAAUCCUCGUAAUUUACUGAAAUAAAGCCUUACUGAAUUUGACUAAAUAUGA